UUCACAUGCUUAGCUGUGUUAGUGUAAAUUAGGAAAACAUGGAGGAAAAAUACAAUGAGAACCUGAUUGAGUAUACUGGGGGCUGCCAUUGUGGUAAAGUUGGCUGGAAUGUUCUGGCUCCAGCUCUUCUAAAAGUGGUUCGAUGCAAUUGCUCCGUGUGCAGAAUGAAAAUGAAUGAUCACGUGAUAGUUCCCGAGAAUCGAUUUAUUCUUUUGUUCGGAAAAGACAAUCUUCAAACUUACACUUUCAACACUCAUCAAGCAAGGCAUCUAUUCUGUAAAAACUGUGGGGUUCAAAGUUUCUACCGACCUAGAUCUAACCCAGGAGGAGUUGGGUUCAUGCCACAUUGUAUUUUAAGCCCUGAUAUUCAGGAGAUCCAGUUGAUCCAAUUUGAUGGAAAGGAUUGGGAGAAAUCUUACCAUGAAGAUAAAUUGAUAAAGAGUAUGUCAAAUUAGAUAUUGUAUUGAAAUAAAGCAUUACAUAAACAGA